AUGCUUCGAGACGGUGAGACACGUGCAGUGGCGGAUGACGAAGAGAAGGCGCUUCCGGACGUGUUCGUGGGCUACAACGAGUGGGCGAUCGAGCAGCUCCAGGUCGAGCUCGUCACGGACUUUGUGUACGAGUAUCAGGACGAGGCGUGCGCAACCGAGCGAGGCGUGUACAUUGCAGAGGACGUGCCGCCUCAUACAGAGGUGCUGAGUAUCCCGCUGGACUCGAUGCUGACGGUCCGGAGUGUGCAGGAGAUUGGACAUUUGCAAAGCAUCGCGUUCUUCCAGCAGCUCCGACCGGACCGAGAGGACGAUCAGUUGGCUGUUGCUUUGUUGUUUGAGAAGUUUGUCGUAGGGAGGAAGUCCAAGUGGGUUCAGCACAUUGAGCUGCUGCCGGAGACGUAUUACAACGCUCUGUACUUUGAAGAGGAAGAUCUGGAGGCACUGGAAGGCAGCAACUUGGUGGUUGUGGCUCAGCAGAUUGAACAGCAGGUCGCGCACGACUAUGCGAGAUUGAAGGGAUCCGUUUUAUUGGAUGUUUUUGAAAGCAUCGUCACUGAAGGGAUCGAUGAGGACUCGUUUGAGGCGUACUUUUCGUUUGGUAAUUACAAGUGGGCGCUCUCGACAAUCUGGAGUCGCUUUGUGUCAAUACGACUUGACGAAGCUUCGUCUUUGGUGGAUGAUCGAGAUGGAGUGACAGGGGAUGUUAUGGUGUCGGGGACGAAAGGUGUGUGCGAUUUGAUGGCUAAGCAGACGUUCAAGGCGAUGGUCCCUGUGUUUGACAUGCUGAACCACGACCCGGAAGCCGAGAUGUCCCACUUUUUUGACGUGGCAAGUCAACGGUUCAAGCUUGUGAGUCACCAGCACUGGAAUGCUGGCGCGCAGAUGUUCAUAAAUUAUGGUCCGUUGUCGAAUCACAAGCUGCUGUCGCUGUACGGUUUCGUGGUCAUUGGAAACCCGUUCGAUGCUGUAGAGAUGUGGCUGCCCAUGCACGAACUGUCCACUAAGUUUUUCGAGGAGAAGGAACAGCUGCUGCUUGCUAAUGGACUGGACCAUGCCACCAACAUGUUUGAGCUUGUAGCAGAUGAAAGCAACGAUCUGCUGUUGAUUGCUGCUCGGAUCCAGGAGAUCGAUUGCGACACACCCGAGGAGUUUGAAGUACUGGCGCAGAAGGCACUCGAUGGAGAAAUGGUGAGCUUGGCUAACGAGCAGGAAGCAUUGACGCGUCUAGUCUACACCUUGGAAAAAAUGCUGGAGGCUUUCCCAACAUCGACUGAAGAAGACGACAAGUUGCUUGAGUCCUGGGAAAAUGACCUGACUAAGCAGGGUGGCGAGCGAAGCGAUAGGCUAAACCACUUGUGGAUGGCUAUAGCUGCUCGCCGGUCAGAUAAGUAUAUUCUCACCGAGAACAUCGACAUGCUCAAGUGGAAACUGCUGGAUGUUCUCGCAAAGGUCAGAUGCGAUUAG